AUGAUAUUAAUUUUUGUCAUAUAUUUAAUGCUAAUCGGAAGCACGGUUUCCCUAAAAUCAACGAAGAAGUCCUUUGUAAAUGAUUUGUUUAAAAACUAUGUGAAAUCUGAAAGACCCGUUACCCGCGACGAAGACGAAGUAUACGUAAAUAUAUCGCUUGAAAUAAAGAAUAUUAUUGAAUUUGAUAUUACGAAAGGUAUAAUGACAAGUAAUCUCCUUCUUGGAUUAUCGUGGUAUGAUGUUAAUCUUAUGUGGAAUAGUGAAAAUACUAAUAUAAGCUAUGUAAAAGUUGAAUUACAAAAAGUGUGGUAUCCUAACGUACAAAUAUGUAACAGCGUUACAGGCAAAUUCACAUUUGACGGAAAUUGGGGAGUCACAAUAAAGAGUGAUGGAAGUGUUCACUUACAUAUAGACCAAAUUUUCCAUACUUACUGCAAGGUUAACGUUAAUAAAUAUCCUUUUGAUGAGCACGAAUGUGAUAUAUCUGUUUGUUUUGAACACCAGAUGAACCUGGAGGUAAUGUUACAUGAUUUUAUGUACAGAGUAACUUAUAAACCUAUAUCGAAUCAAUGGGAUUAUAGAUAUGAAUACAGAGAGGUUGAAAAAGAGGAGAUCAUAACAGCUGGUGUUAUUGUGUACAGCAAAAGAAAAACUUCUAGUGUAACAGUAACAAAAAUUAUACCUCCAAUUAUGUUAACAUUAUUGAUUUUAUCUGUGUAUGUGUUGCCGGCUUCUUCUGGAGAGAAAGUUUCUAUUGCAAUUACUGUUUUUCUCGCAAAUAUUGUUUUUCUUUCUGAAACUGAGAAAAAACUGGGUAACAAUUCUCGUGAACCUUCUAUAUAUUUAAUAUAUCUCUUAAUUCUGACACUUGUAAGCGGACUUUCUUCUAUCAGCUCUGUAAUUGUAUGUAAACUGUAUGCCCACGAGUCUAGCGCCAGCACAAUUUCAGAAAAGGGUCAAGAAACAAACAGAUCGAAAACUAAAAUCGGGAUCAUAGGAAACGCAGAUGAACCAAUUAUCGAGACAAAAUCUAAAAGGCGCUUUAGGAAAUGUCGAAUAAAAUAUCAGAUGCUAGACAAAUUAUUUUUGUCAGCAACUGUGUUAUUCCUUCUACUCUAUAUCAUUAUUGUUUCAGCAAACUCUAUCUAACAAGUGAUAAAGAAAUUCCAGUAUAUUUUAUUACAACUUUACUACACGUUACACGUAAUAAACUGAAAUAUAAACUUGCAUUAAAAAUAUAGGCGGAAUGUGGUACAACUCUAUGGAUAAGAAUGGUUGACGAUUUUAACAUCAUCGAAUAUAUUUAAAGGACAUACCAAAUGUCAGCGUCCGUUCUUUUUCGCUCUUCUAAAGAAAUUUUGAAAUUAUAUUCUUGGAUGCCAGAAUUUUGUACUACAGGCUGAAAACACGUCUCAGCAUAUUAGAGAAAACAUACAAUUCACAUAAUGAAAAACGAAAUAAUUGAACAGAAAUAAACUGAAACUAUAUAUAAGGCAAACCAAAAUUCAACAAACUGAACGUACAUAAGUUCGAUUGCUAUCACAAAUUCUGUUCUGGUGAUGUGCUAGA